AUGGCAGCAAACUGCGCUGGUAUCGCCGGGUCUCAAAUUUUCCGAACAGAAGACGCACCAAAGUAUAUUCGCGGCCUCACCGCCAUCAUUGGCUUGGCUGCUGGUGGAUGGGUAUUGGUUGUGCUCCAGAUGGUGGGUUAUUGGUUCAAAUCGAAGAAGAUCGAGAACAGCGGUGCAAAGAGUUUAGAGAGUGAAAGAGAGCAGGAACGGGAUGUUGAGAAGGUGUGA